GCGAUGAGGUCGUAUAUAGCGGUGGUGUUUUUGGUGGCAAGUGCUCGUGGGAUCACGCGGGACCAGUUCUAUCCCCAUGGGGUCGGGUUGGAUCAGAAACUGCCCAGGGGGGAGGAGGUGCCCUCCCCGGAGUACCACUUGAAAGUUCCCAUGUGGUUUUACGGCCAGAGCUACGAUUCUGUAUAUGUAAACAACUUUGGACUUAUUUCAUUUAGGACAGGUAUACCUUCAUUCAUCAACGCGGAGUUCCCCUUGCCAUAUCCAUCAAUAGCAGCAUUUUACACCAACGUAGAUACCACAGAAAGUGGGGAAAUAUAUUAUAGGGAAACAGAUGAGGUACACGUGUUAUCUAAAGCCGAGGAAAGUGUCCAAAACAACUUCCACGAUUAUUAUGAUUUCAAACCUAAAAGUGUAUUCAUUGCUACGUGGAUUGAUGUAACGUAUAAAUCACACGGUAACAGCAAACCAAAGAACAGUUUUCAAAUAGCCAUCAUCAGCAAUGGCACGGAGAGCUUUGCUGAGUUUUUGUAUCCUGAAAGAGAAAUUCAAUGGAUUCAAAGAGAAACGGACGAUCCAUCGAUACGCGAUGCCAAAGCUCAAGCAGGUCUCGUGGCGGAGGAUGGACGGGUCUACGCACUGAGAGGCUCCGGCAGUGAUCAAAUACGCAAUGUCAUGGUAUUAUCAAAUGCACACGAACCAGGAAAAUAUAUAUUCAGAAUUGGAAAUAUAUCACCAGAAGAUAACGUCGAUGUUCCCGACCUCUACAACCAAACAGAUGAUCUGGAAGAAGAAUCUAAGACAUGCGCGCAAAGUGGGCCUAGUAUGUGUCACAUGCAAGCGCGAUGUGUUGACUACCAAGCAGGCAUCUGUUGUCAAUGCAACGACGGAUUUUACGGAAAUGGAAAGUCAUGUAUCAAAGAUGACGUUCCUGUAAGAGUACAUGGAAAAAUCACGGGUUCUAUUAAUCAAAUACAGCUGAACGACAUCGAUAUCCAAGCGUAUGUAGUUGUAGCUGAUGGCCGGUCAUACACCGCGUUGUCACAGCUUCCACCAGGACUGGGAAAUAGUUUGCAAUUUCUAACUGUCCUUGACACAACGAUUGGAUGGCUUUUCGCUAAACCAUCAGGAUAUGCGAGGAAUGGAUACCAACUCACAGGAUCUGUGUUUAAUCAUAGUGCGGAAAUUUACUUCCCCAAAACUGGUGAUAGAAUAAUAAUAAAUCAGGAAUAUUUAGGUCAUGAUGUCUUCGAUCAAAUAACAAUUGAUAUACAAAUACGAGGAAGUUUACCAGUUCUUCCUGAUAGAACAAAAUUAGAUGUAGCUGAAUAUGAAGAGCAAUACACGAUCGUUGAACCAGGCAUCGUCAGAUCACAAUCAACUCGCAAGUUUACUAAUAGAAAUACAGACCAAGAAUACGAACAAGUUUUAACCCAAUCAUUUAGCUAUAAUCCAUGCCGGUUUGCACCAGUUUCCGAAGAAGACGUAGCACCCACAACAUUAAAAAUUUCCAAGAAUUACUUAGGCUAUGAACAUAAUGACCAAAUCGUUAGAUAUGGUACAAGUAACAAAAUUACACCCUUAGGACAUGAGGACCCAUGUAUUCAAGGACGGCAAUCAUGUGGUCCUCACAGUUCAUGUGUAGUAAGAGGCGAAUCUUUCACAUGUGAAUGUCAAUCAGGGUUCACUAACAUUUUCCAUGAAAAUUCAGUCGUGUGUGUUGAUGUAGAUGAAUGUUCGAGUGGCUCCCACAACUGUCAUGAAAAUGCUGUUUGCCGAAACUUUGAUGGAGGUUUCCAAUGUGUUUGUAAUAGUGGCUAUGAAGGAAACGGUGUUAAUUGCAAACCUCUAUCGGAACCUAAAUCGCAAUGCCGAGAUGUCCAAUGUGACCCUAAUGCACAGUGCAUUUUAAAUUUCAUGGGUCAGCCACUGUGUCUCUGUCAGUUGGGAUACACAGGCGACGGCCAUUCAUGUUGGCCAAUUCAACAGCAUGUUUGCGAUCAUGUUUGUUCGCCAGAUGCUUCUUGUGUCUAUUCUGAAACCGCUGGAAAUUAUCUAUGCAAAUGCCAUGCUGGAUAUUCUGGUGACGGUUACAUUUGUACAGAAGAUCCACCCACAACCACACCAGCACAGCAGCCAACAGAAGAGACUUACAACGAAAACUUUGUACUACCUAAUUGCUAUGAUGGUGAAUGCUCAUGCCCUGAUGGUUACGAAAAAUUCAUGGAUGAUCUUAUCAACGAUGUAUGUAGAUUUACUGGUCACUAUCUCCAUGCUCCAUCUGAAAAUAUUGACCCUGUAACCGAUAGCACUGACCGAGGAGUGCAAUGUCUAACGGAAGCAGACUGUCCGCCGAACGCUUACUGUUCUUUGAACUACGAAAACAUCGGUCACUGUGUUUGUCUAGAAGGUUACGAAGGCGACCAAUACGAAUGUACCGAAAAAACUAGCCGUGAAUGUGGUAACUGCGGCCAUAACGCUCAUUGUAUUGUCACCCCAUCCGGAGAAUAUAUCUGUGUCUGUGAUAUUGGCUACCACGGAGAUGGCAAUGACUGCAGACCAAACUUCAUCUGCGCUAACAACUCCGAUUGCGAGCAAAACGCUGAAUGUCGACUUGAUCCAGCCAGCAACGAAUACAUAUGCCAAUGCAUCGAUAGAUAUAUCAAAGAUCAAAACGAUGCUUGCAUACCUGCUCAACUCUGCAAUGGUGCACAAUGUGCCCCAUUCGCCUCCUGCUUGUACGACGAAACCAUUAAUCUUAAUUAUUGUCAAUGUAACACUGGGUACAUUGGUGAUGGCGUGUCUGAAUGCAUCAAGGAAUCUUACUCAUCAUAUCCUUUGACAUAUUAUCCUGUGAAUACUGAAACAGAAACAACGCCUCCACCGACAUGUUAUGAGCUCAACGACUGCAGCGUCAACGGAUAUUGCUCGCCAGUCGAUAAUACGUACAGAUGCUUAUGUUCAGAAGGUUAUUCCGGCGAUGGCUACGUUUGUACUUUUGACGAAAACUGUAGAAAUACUCCAGAUUUGUGUGACCAUCGUGCGUCGUGUCUCAGGCGAGGCGAUACUUACGAAUGUGUCUGCAAUACCGGUUACAACGGCAAUGGCAGUUACUGCGAACUAAAUCCACGACAGGCAGGAAACUUUUUGGUAGUCAGUGAUGGCGCUUCAGUCUACAGAGUUCCUUUUCAAAUAAGCGCUAAACAGUUCGCUGUUCCGCUAAACAGUGCAAUCUACCAAAUAGCGGUGGGUGUCGAUGUUGAUUGUCAGAAAGGUAGAAUUUACUGGGGCGAUGUGAACAGCAAUACUAUUAAGAGUAGCGCAUAUGAUGGAUCUGCUUUUGAACAGUUCUUAUUUACCGAUGUGUUGGCUCCUGAAGGCAUAGCCAUUGACUGGGCUGCGCGUAAUAUAUUCUGGACUGACUCGAAAAAGCUAACUAUUGAAGUUGCUAAUAUUGACACAAAAGUACGAAAAAUUUUGUUCUCAAAGAAUGGAAUUGCGAAUCCGAGAGGCAUCGCAGUGCAUCCGCAAAGAGGCAAAGUUUUCUGGUCCGACUGGAACCGUUCGGGCGCCAAAAUCGAAUGGGCUAACAUGGACGGUUCCCAGCGAGGGAUCUUCCUUGACCAAGCCGACGUGAACCUUCCAAAUUCCUUGGCCAUCGACUGGCAACGAGACAGGCUAUGUUUUGCGGAUGCAGGUCUCUCUGCUAUCAAAUGCGUGGGCAUUGACACCUUGGAGAGAGAAACCGUCGUAGCCAACUGCUCGUAUCCCUUUGGACUAGCUAUUAACGGAGACAAGUUUUACUGGACCGAUUGGAGAUCGCGCAAAGUGGAAUACAUGGACAUAUCCACUGGAGUUAAAGGGCGAGCCCCAAUCUCUAAGGCAUCAAAACUAUACGGCGUAGCUGUAGUCCCCGAGGAAUGUCCGCCGGCUUCGAGCUACUGUCAGUAUUGGAACGGAAACUGUAAGACUGAUGAGCUCUGCCUACCCAACGGGCAAGGAAGCAGGGUCUGCUCCCCCGGAGACAACGGCGGUUAUGAAGAAAACCGAAUCAUUUAGUUGCCAACUGUACUGUUAACUUGCUGUCAAAGCACUGUACUUCGUAACUUUAGAAGUGCAGUUCGUUUAUAAUGUGCGGUACUUCGUAAUUAACUUAAAAGUCGUAAUUAUAAUUAACUUCACGAGUGCAAGUAAUUUCUAAUUCACUGCACUUUGUGAAAAGACAAUCAGUGUGGUGUCAGUUUAAUGCCCAAUUUAAUGAGUGUAUGUACUGAACUUAAUAAAUGUGUAAGGGUCUUUUUACGAACGUUGACAAGGCAAAUAUCUUUUAUUCCUACUCUCUUUCUAUUCGUUUGCUUCAAAGAAUUAAAGGGGGUAAAUAAGACCCUAUGAGUAUCAACGUUCUUGAAUUAUUUCACAUAGAUUUUAGUGCCAUAUUAUUUGUUAACUAUAGAAUUUGAUGCAAGAAAAGUUUUAUAAUUGAAAUCGUAAGCGUAAAUCACUUCUUAACACAAGCAAAAUAUAACGAGCUAUAAGAUGUAAAAUGUAUAUGUGUGAAUAAGUUUUUUUUAUAAUUUUUAUAGUACAUGAACCGGUAGAUCUGUAUUUUAAUAUACAUAUGGACAAAUCCAUGAUAAUAUGCCAAAGAAUUUAUAGAGACUGUUUUAUUUGUUUAUCAAUUAGAUAUUUUUAUAACAGUCAGUUAUCUCCCACAUAAAUUAGGUAUAGAAAGUUGAAUGUCAUAAGUCGUUGGUUCAAUGCUUUAUAAAUAUUUCGAUUUCAUACUUAUAAAUUAUUGUUUUAUACCAAAGUGUAGUAAACCUAUUUAUUGUACAAUA